AGAGAGAGAGAGAAGGGAGAGGGGAAAAAAGGAGAGGAGAGGCAGACUGGACGGGGGCUGUGCAGAAGCAAAGAGCUAUUAUCACGGGGGCUGCCAUAGCUGCUCCUUCCUUCCAGCGGCUGUGUGUGACAUGAACAUCAAACGGGGCUCGUCUGCUGUGAAGAGUCGCGGCGGAGAGGAGUGGUCGGAGAACAGUAUGCACUUUUAGCAUCGAGCGUAGCCUUGAACGCAGCACGGCGACGUCGCGGAGCCCCGAAGUGCGUUUAAUCUCCGAAGUUGUGUCAAAGCGGGCGAUGGUUAGCGUCUGAUUUGUUGCUCAACUAUCCGGAGAGAGGAGACUGCAGACGAGAAACGCUGCAUUGUGGCGGCAGAGAUUCCUGGCUGAAGGCUUGCAACGAUCCGCUCAACCCCAAAAUGUCAUCUCAGGCGAAAGUCAAGAAGGACAAAGAGAUUAUUGCCGAAUAUGAGACCCAAGUGAAAGAGAUCCGUAACCAGCUGGUGGAGCAGUUCCGUUGUCUGGAACAGCAGUCCGAAUCCCGGCUGCAACUGCUGCAGGACCUGCAGGAGUUCUUCCGCCGAAAGGCCGAGCUCCAGCUUGAGUACUCCAGAGGCCUGGACAAACUGGCCGAGCGCUACUCCGCCAAGAUCCGCACCUCCAGAGAGCACCAGCACUUCAAAAAAGACCAAAAUCUCCUGUCCACUGUGAACUGCUGGUAUUUGGUGCUGGACCAGACCCGUCGGGAGAGCAGAGACCACGCCACUCUCAGCGACAUCUACAACAACAAUGUCAUUGUCCGUUUGGCACACGUGGGCGAGGAUGUCAUCAGACUUUUCAAAAAGAGCAAAGACAUUGGGGUGCAGAUGCAUGAAGAGUUAGUGAAAGUCACCAAUGAACUUUACACAGUGAUGAAGACGUACCACAUGUACCACACCGAGAGUCUCAGUGCUGAGAGCAAGCUGAAAGAGGCGGAAAAACAGGAAGAGAAGCACAUCGGCAAGGCUAAUGACAUCAGCACCAGCCUUCUGCGUUAUGGUCAUGAUGAUCGUCCACAGCGACGGAGUUCUGUAAAGAAAAUGGAGAAAAUGAAGGAGAAGAGACAAGCCAAGUACUCUGAAAACAAGCUGAAAUGCACAAAGGCCCGCAACGACUAUCUUCUCAAUCUGGCAGCUACCAACGCCCUGGUGGCCAAAUACUACAUCCACGACGUCUCAGACAUGAUAGAUUGUUGUGACUUAGGGUUCCAUGCAAGCCUGGCACGUACCAUGAGAACCUACCUGUCUGCCGAAUAUAGUCUGGAAACGUCUCGCCAUGAAGGUUUGGACCUAUUGGAGGGAGCAGUGGACGCCAUGGACAUCAGAGGAGACAAGCUGAAGUUCAUGGACACGCACAGUCAGAUCUUUUGUCCUCCGGCACGCUUUGACUAUCAGCCACACAUGGGGGAUGAGGUGUGCCAGGUGAGUGCACAGCAGCCUGUCCAGACAGAGCUCUUGAUGCGUUACCACCAGCUGCAGUCUCGCCUGGCUACACUGAAGAUAGAAAAUGAAGAGGUGAGGAAGACUCUUGACGCCACCAUGCAGACCCUUCAGGACAUGCUCACUGUGGAGGACUUUGAUGUUUCCGAGGCCUUCCAGCACAGUCAGUCCACAGAGUCGGUCAAAUCGGCUUCCUCUGACUCCUAUAUGAGCAAGGCAAACAUCGCUAAGAGGCGAGCCAAUCACCAAGAGACUGAGGGCUUCUACUUCACUAAAUACAAGGAGUAUUUGAAUGGCAGCAAUCUCAUUAUCAAGUUGCAGGCUAAGCAUGACCUUCUGAAGCAGACGCUAGGAGAAGGGGAGAGGGCUGAAUAUGGAACAACAAGGCCCCCCACUCUUCCCCCUAAACCCCAGCGAAUGCGGAAGUCUAGACCUCGCUCCAUUUUUAACCGUAAGCUGUUUAACGGCAAUAUGGAGUCCUUCAUUCAGGAUUCAGGACAGCCGAUACCAGUGGUGGUUGAGAGCUGCGUUCGAUACAUCAAUCUGUACGGUCUUCAGCAGCAAGGUAUAUUUCGAGUUCCAGGAUCCCAGGUCGAAGUCAAUGAUAUUAAAAAUGCAUUUGAAAGAGGAGAGGAUCCGCUGGUGGAUGAUCAGACUGAUCAUGACAUCAACUCUGUGGCAGGCGUUCUUAAGCUCUACUUCCGUGGGCUGGAAAACCCACUGUUCCCUAAAGAGCGUUUCCUCGACCUCAUAUCCACCACCAAGCUUGACUCUGGUGCAGAAAGAGCUCAUCACCUUCAGCAGAUAGUUGUGACUCUUCAGCGGCCUGUGAUCAUCGUCAUGAGAUACUUGUUUGCCUUUCUAAAUCAUCUUUCCCAGUACAGCGAUGAGAACAUGAUGGACCCAUACAACCUGGCUAUUUGCUUUGGUCCCACUCUGAUGCCCAUACCAGAUGACCAAGAUCCUGUGGCCUGCCAAGCACAUGUUAAUGAGGUCAUUAAGACAAUUAUCAUCCACCAUGAGGCCAUUUUCCCAACCCAGCGGGAGUUGGAAGGACCGGUUUAUGAAAAGUGCAUGGCUGGAGGAGAGGAGUACUGUGAAAGCCCCCACAGUGAGCCGGGAGCUCUCGACGAGAUUGACAACGGUACUGGACCUAACACAAGUGAUGAAGAGUUGGAGCAGAUUGAGGCCAUCGCGAAAUUUGACUAUGUGGGCCGAAGUCCGAGAGAGCUGUCCUUUAAGAAGGGAGCGUCUCUGCUUCUCUACCUGCGGGCUUCUGAGGAUUGGUGGGAAGGCCGACAUAACGGUGUGGAUGGACUGAUCCCACAUCAGUACAUUGUGGUACAAGACAUGGAUGAUGCCUUCUCAGACAGCAUUCAGAGGACUGAUAGUGAGACCAGCAGUGGACCGCACCACAGCGACAGAAGCUCAUCCCGGAACGAGCGUCAGUCUCCUUGUGAUCACACAAUUGAGAACCGGUUCGGAGCAGCGUUAGGAAGGGUGAGAGUGCGAUCAGAUGGAGCUGCAGUUCCACGCCACAGGAACGGUGCCGACAGUCUCAGCCCCACCAGAGCUGCUGAUCAGCCCCCCAGGGUUAUGCCUCGGCCCUGCAGCCCACACAAAAUGGCUGUUAUCAGGGGCCCAGCAGACAGUCCCGAGAAACGGCGUCUCACCACAUUUGGCAGUGCCGGCAGCAUCAACCACCCUGACAGAAAGGCGUUUGUGGACAGCCACUCUCAGCGCUCAUCACCGAGCACCACUCGACACGCGAGUUUAGGAGACCACAAAACUCUUGAGGCUGAGGCGCUCGCAGAGGACAUAGAGAAAACAAUGAACACAGCUCUACAUGAGUUGCGUGAGCUGGAGAGGCAAAAUGUAGCCAAACAUGCCCCCGAUGUUGUUCUGGACACAUUGGAGCCUCUCAAACACCCUGGUGGAGCCGGGGAUCCGUCCGCCAGCCCUCUUCACACCAUGGUGAUCAGAGAUCCAGACGCAGCCCAGCGGCGUAGCAGCAGCAGCUCGUCCUCUGAGACCAUGACCACUUUUAAACCUGCUCUAUCAGCGCGCAGACCGAGUGCACCUCUUAGGCCGCCGCCUGUCAGACCUGUCCGACCGGCUCCUGUGAUUGGACAGGGCCAGGGACCACACCGCUCCAGCAGCUCGAGCUCCUCCGGCCUGGGCAGCCCAGGCAUCACGCCCACUGACAGGGUCUUUCCCAAAGCACCCUCCCCAUCACCAUCCACCUCCUCCUCGUCCUCAGACAAACAAGGUAACAUGUAGCUCCAGUCAGUCACAAGCCAAGUGGUUGCAGAACACUGUGGAUACUGGCUGACUGUGAUGAUCAUCACGCCCCUAAACCUCCUUCUGACAGCAAAGCAAACAUUGACACAGGGUCUGUAUGAUGAAUAUUUACCACUAAUUUUGUGUAGUGUAGGAUGGCAACUUCUGGUUCCUGCCCACACUUGUUGGGAACAAGUCAAUGUACUGUAUUACAGCGAUACACAGAAAAUAGGAUUUAAAACGAGGAGAAAUAUUUUAUAGGCCAUGCUGAAUAGUCAUGCUGGAACAAAGGGAUGCACUGGAAAAUACUUCUGUUUACUGAAAAAUGAUAAUGAAACAUCUCUCGUUGAAAUGUUGUUAGGUUAUAAAAAUGCUGUGACGUUGUACUUUGUGCCUGGUUUCCAGUUCCAUAAUGAGGGAACACUUAAGGGAAUAUUUCACCACUAACCAUAUAGACAUUCAGAAUCUGCUGGUGGUGCGUAUAGAGACUAUACUACAGUCUAUUGUAAUUCUAAUUUGUUGAGCACCAUUUGUAUUGACAGAAAGGCCUCCUCAGAGAGGAUAUCCCACAGUGUAACGGUACAGUGAAUAAUGAAACCAGAAUGGAACUGCCUCAAGCUGCUUUUUUGUUGACCACUAGUUGCUGGCUCCAAGGAGGUUACAACUGUAUUAUAUUGGCUACAGGUUCAAAUUGUGGCAGUUGUGACAAUAAAAGAUUCUACAAAAAAUCUAUGCACAGUGGCUUUAAAUGAGAUGAAUAUAUCUUGGAAUGUAAGAAGACUGGCAAGAUGGUAAUUGAAGAAAAAGUCGGUCUGCGCAGUGACUUCUUUGGCAUUGGUUGGCAGCUGUGACUAGUUGGCUCCAGUUGACUUGAGGUGCUGCUUCAGUCUGGUGAGUUUGCGGCCAUUACAGAUUCAGCAUCACUGGCCAAGUGAACCAGUAGCAGUGCAGCAGCACCUUUGCCUCUCUCUGUUACAUUUUCAUCAGCAGUGGACCAGGACUGUUAUGAACCCACUGUGAUAGUUAUAUUUGAUUAAUUCGUUGUGUUCUCUCCGUGUCAGCACUGGGAAGCUGUGUCAAAAGCUUCAUCUUGAAAGUUACUUCGCAAGUCUUGAUAUAAACAAACAAGAAAUGAUUAUAUCAACUGAAACUGCAUUCCUUUUCCCUCAUACAUCAGUGUCAGAAUGGGCCAGUGGGUGGCAGAGUAGAACAUGCUACAGUGAUACAUUGAUGAUUGUUGUGACCAUUAUAGAUAUGCCAUCCAUGUAACUAAUACAAAGAAAUAAGAAGAACAUCAGACGAAUAUUCUUAUAAUAUUGUCAUCUCUAUAUAAAAAAAGAUUAGCUGUGUUACCUCAAGAAACAAGAAAAACACUCGUACAAUUCAAAUGACUAAUGCACUUAUAAACACUACAGGGAACUGUGCUGCAUUUGUAGGUUCUGUGUUUUCAUUUUGAUGAAGUCGUACUAGAAAACAUGAUAUAGCACAUCGGUAUCAUCGAAGCUUGUCUAGACUCGUCUAGAUCGCACAUGGUCACUGCAGGCUGUGUGGAUGUUUAGCUGAACUUGUUUACUGUUGGUGAUCUUUGUUGUUUGUCUUAUAAGGAUGAUCAAUAUAUCUUUAAAGUGUAAUAGGUACAUUGGAAUGAAUAUAUACAUACUGUUAAAGGAUGCUUGUAAAAAAUAACAUUGUAUGAUAGGAACCGGAUAUAUUAUCAUCUCUAGUGUGUAGAUUUUUGUAAUUCUUAUCCUUGCACAGAUAUUAGCAAAACAAUAAAUCAAUGAAAAAUCA